CGAGCUGUUGAUGGCGAACGAGAUGAGCGUCGAGUACGAGUACGGCGGCUUCCGCUUGCCCUGGUCGGCCGCCGGGGAGGUCGGCUGGCACCGCCGCAUCUCCCGCGCACUCGGCCGGCCGGCCCAAUCCAUCGCCGGGGCGCUGGACGGAUUCGACGAUUCGACGCCCAGCAGAGUGGGCCUAGCCGACUCGCCACAACAACACAGCACUCGCUGCAGGCACCACCGCCAUCUUGAUGGCUCGCUUGUUUUGCUUUGCUCCGUUUUUUCUUUUUCGUUUUUUCUUUAAAUUAAUUUUAAAGGUGGCGCUAGUGAACGGCUGCUGUCUGGCUGCUGUAAAGCAAGUUAACGCGUGGAUCUACUCGAGUCGUCUUUUCUACGUAUAAAAAUUACGUUUUCAUCAACGUCAAGUGCUCUCGUUUAUUUUUUAUAAAAAACAAAAAAAAAAAUAUAAAAUAACUGACGCAGCUGUCCUAUCUGUCCUGUAGUCCGCAUUCAAAUCCCAGUUUUUUUUCUACCAGUUCAAAGUACAAUCCAAUCCAAAUCCGCGCGCUUCUUGGCGGGCAAAGCGGCCGUUGUCGGCAAUUUCCACGGUAUUGUUUUACGGAGAUCUUUCAAAAAGAUGUUUGACGCGCGUGUCUCAACGCGUUCCCAGAUGCGCGAGGCCGACGUGAGCCGCGACGUCACCUGCCCCGUGUGCUUGGGCGUGCGGGCUGAACCCGUGACCCUGCCGUGCGGCCACGGCGUAUGCCUGACGUGCUUCGAGCAGUCCCUGCAUCUGGCGAACAAGGAGUGUCCCCUGUGUCGUCUCAGGAUCAGCUCGUGGGCGCGGAGGGCCGCUCGGGAGGGCACCCUGGUCGACGAGGCCCUCCGUGCGCGCAUCCGACGGCACCUGUCCCAGCCGGAGGAGCCGGCCGACUCUGUGGACCCCCCGGUCGCGGCGGUGAACCACCGGCUCUGCCUUCCCGGGGAGAUCCGGCUGGAGUUCGAGGAGCAGGCCCGUCUCGAGGCGGAGCGGCUGGAGCGAGAGCGCCGGGAGCAGCUGCUUGCCGGCGAAGCCCUCGCCCUGGCGCUGGCCGCGGAGGAGCGCCGGGCCUGGCAGGAGACCCAGGAACGAAUCCUGCGCGAGGACCAGGAGCUGGCACGCUGCCUUAGCUCAGGUGUAGACGAGUCCAGGGCAUCCCGCGAGGUGGCCCUGCAGGUGGAGGCGGAUCUGCGGCUGGCCAGGCAGCUGCAGCAGACGGAGCUCCCCACGCGCUCGUACGCGCUGCGCCCCAGGGGCAAGGGCCCUGCCUGCGUUUAGCGGGACCCACGCGAGCCGGCUUCCCGAGACUGCUGCAUUCCUUUCCGACGUGGCGGAGGCAAAAAGAGCCUCCAAACGUUCCCUGGCUCGGGACCCAACGGCCGUCUUCGUUCCCCAGACGUGAGGUGGACGCCAUAUAUGGACGUUUUUUUGCUGACAACGAGGUUGCCUCUCCGUCGGAGAGUGCUCUUCGUGCUGGACGUGGCAACCCGGCAUCCUGCGUAACAGCCGACGAAACAAUCGCCUCGUGAAAGAGACAACUUUUCCUGUGGAUUCUCCAAAAUUGCUCUUGUCUGCCGGAGCAAGUUGCCGGAGUAGUUGCGGCGGAAAGUGCAGGGAGUGUUCUUGCCAGUCUCCGAGCAGAACUUGGCCAUUUGGAUGCUCCGAUGUAGGCAGUCGUUGUCGUGCAACAAAAUUGAGGCGCGAAAGAAGUGCAACUAGAGUACACUUGUGGCUCGUCCAGGAGCAUAGUUUUGUGCUACGUUGAGGCUGGGAGGGAGGGGCCCGGGAAACCAGAGACGACUGCUGCGCCCACCCGUCGGGCUGUGUCCCUGUGAUUUUAGGUUUUAUGGAGUUUUAUUAUUUUUGAACUUUUAUAUUUGAUGUACGAAAAUAAAAAGUACCGGUUAUGAAGAC